AUGUUUAUUGUUGCAGCUGAGCAUUCGUUCUGUGGCGACAUUGAUGGAGUUCCGCUUGGACAGCGCGGAGUACUGCCAGGCCCAACACAAAUAAACAGGAGGGCGUCUAGUGGAGGCAAAGUAGUGGGGUGUUUUACUGGACCCAUGCUGGCGCGAGCACGCUUAGACCACGCACCCAAGCAUUACGCGAUAUCUACCCACCCACAGGGGCAGCGACUGCCAGUGACGCUCCAUUGGCAGUCUCUCAGAAUACCUCGAGCGCUGGACAUGCUCACAUGA